AUGGAUCGGCGAAAUGUUCCAAACUUCGUGUUUGACGAAAACGAACAAAGCGUAAGUUUAUUCAACUUUUUUAAGUGAUCGGAUAUAAUGAUUUUAAUUUGCAGAGUUCACGAUUGGGGGAGUUGCAAAAACAUAUCGUAUACAAUCAUUUGAUUUUGCAAAAUAUUUUGGAUAAGAUCGAUAACACCGAGACGAAAACUUGCCUAAAGUUAUCAUGCAAGCGAAUGAAUUGGUUCUGUUCGAUGCCAAACCGAUCGGAAACAACAUUGACGAUUGAGCAAUCUGAUGUAAGUUGAUAUUUCAUACGAAGAAUUCGAUCCUCGGAGGAAACAUCAUUUGGAUUUCCUUAAAUGUUCUCAAUUUUCCUGAAGCCUACUUGUUUGAAUUUAACUUCAAAGAUGUUGCUUUUUUGGAUGAAAAAUAUCAAAAUUUAAUAUUUAUUGUAUUUGUAGGAUAAUGGAGGCAAAAAAUUGGAAGUCACACACAACAACAUCAAAUACAUGAUUCAGAUAGAGAGUAACAAUAUCACAAAUGAAGAUUUUGGUAUGUUUUUUUAAUUGUUAACAUAAAAUAAUUGUUUUAUUUUCACAGAUCGAAUUAUGAUGUGUCUUCCAGUUCUUGAAGUUGAUGCAAUUCAUAGAAUUGCUAUCAAAGGCCGCAAAUAUCUUUUCAGAGAACGAAGACAAGAAUUUGAUAUACAAGUAGGAAGUGGUUUGCACGCAAACCAUACAGUUAUAAAUCAAUUACAGUUGCAAGUCUCGUCUAAUGUGUUUGGUUUUUUGGACAGAUUCCCUGGUUUAGCUGAACUCGAAUUGACAGAUUUGAAUCUGAAAGGUUCUGUGGAAGGUUGGUUUUUUGAAGGGAAUUGGUUCUUUGAAAAAAUUGUAAUUUUUAGGAAGAUUCAUUUCACGAAUAAGAUCGUUGAAGUUACUCGAUCUUUCAAUUCACCGAACACAAGUCUGGCAGUUAGUUGGUCCCAAUGUACAAGAAUUGCAUCUUACUGAAAGUAUGCUUCGAUUUGAGCGCGCUGAUAAAUUUAGACAACUGGCACAACGAAUUCCAAAUACUAGUAUUUAUUUGGAUGACAAAGAAUGGUAUGUUAACAUUUAAUUGAAUUGAAUAAAAAUUUAUUUAUUCUCGGAAAUUUUUAGGUGCCGUCAUGUUUCAUACGAUGUUCAAAACGCCUACCACGAAAAUUUCAAAGUGUAUCCCUGGUAUCGUAUGCUUGAAAGAGAGUUUUCUCUCAAUGACCAACCAAUCAAAUCUCCCAAAUAUUGUUAUCAUGUAAGUUCCAACAAUAAUUACAGAUUGGAAAGAAUAUUUUAAUAAUUUUUAGCUGCGAUCCAUCACACUCCUGAAAGCCCAGAAAGUUGGAAAAAAUGCGGAUAUAUUGGAAAGAAUUGGUCAAUUGGAACUUUUGCCAAAAUUGGAAAAAGUUUCAAUUGAUGGAUAUUUCGAGAAGCUGCAUUUCAAAAAAUUGUUGGAUGUCCUGAAAAAGUGCAAAAAUAUAACCAAACUCAGUAUCAAGUAUGUUUCUGUUUAAUUCACAAAAUACGACGGUUAAUUAGAACAUUUCAGAAGACGACACCAAACAACAAAUAUACGAGAUUGGGCCAAUUUCAUAAAUGAUUUACCAGAUCACAUAUUGUGUUUAAAGUUGAACAACUGUACAACCGAUAAUGAGAUUUAUGCAUUGAAAAUGAGAAAAGCGAGAACAUUAAGGAGUUUGGAAGUUAAAAUUGAUGAACAUCAUUUAUCUUUGAAUUCGUUCAAGAAAGUUCGUUUUUUAUUAUCAACUACAAAUGUGUAAUAUUGAAAUUUCAGAUCUUCCAAGAUUUCCCAAAAUUGCGUUAUUUGAAGCUCAUUUACAUCAGUUUGAAUUUGGAAAACAUUCAAUUAUUGGAAAAUUGUCGCAUUCCAAAAAUUGAAAUGUUCACCAAAUUUCAUGAAAAAGUGUCGUCUCUUGAGAAUGCAAUGAAAAAACACUACAAAUCCGUCGAAAGUUCGUAUGUCGGUCACUGGAAUAUCGAAUGGGUUUUAUUGAAAGAAACACCAGAAACUAGAAGUCUUCUUCAACUCCGUUUACGUCAAAUUUUCGAUGACAAUCUGGAAGAUGAUCAUGAUGAACGAGUCCAUCGAUUUAUCCACAAUCGUCGAAUCCUUCGUCACCGUUUCUAA